GUGCGAAUCUUGAACUUUACAGAGCAUUAUGAUUUAGGAAAGUGAUUCCAGGAAGAAACAUUCAAACAUACACCGAAAACUAUACGAAAAACGCAAAAAUACUCUGUAAUUUGUUCAUCGCAAGCAUCGAAAACUUGGAGCCUAGUCAGCGAGUCAAGCUAUUCAACUGAGACAGCGAGACCUUAAGAUAUUCUGGACCCUAGCCGUUGUUCUUGUCGUCUUCCCCAAUUUUCUGUGCUCAAACGAGGUAUAAAUAAUACGUACGGGUUCUCAUAUUGUUCUUCUUAAUCAUAGCCAUGUCCGGAAUCGAGACAACACAAGCGUCGCCGAACUGUAUUCCGGCCGACUCCGGCCCGGUAGUGCCCACAACCCCAUUGGUGACGUUUCUUGAAAGGCUACAGGAAGCGGCUCUAAAGACUUAUGGGCACGAUGGGUUUGACCCGAAGAAAUACGUGGACAUGGCGCUAAAGGAAGAGCUUUCGAGGACUGUAGAGGCGUUUCAGAGUCUUACGAGAACGGGGAACGGGUCAAUUCAUAGAUCGGAGCUGGAGGGGUUUAUGGGUAAGUAUUUGGUUGGUCCUGAUAAGGAUUUGGUGUAUGCUGAGCCGGUGGACUUCGUGGGUGAGCCAGAAGGGUUCUUGAGCAAAGUAGAGAACCCUGAGGUGAGGAAAUGGGGUCUGGAGCUCCAUCUUCUCUGGAAGAAUUUGAGUAGGAAGGUGGGUGAUCAAGUUCUGGAGAGGCCCAGUUUCCAUACAUUGCUGCCUUUGAAGAAUCCGGUUAUAAUCCCAGGAUCACGGUUUCAAGAGGUUUAUUACUGGGAUUCUUAUUGGGUCAUCAGGGGCUUGUUAGCAGGCAAAAUGUAUGAAACUGCAAAAGGAAUUGUUGCUAAUCUUAUUUCACUUAUCGAUCAAUUCGGUUACGUUCUUAAUGGUGCACGGGCAUACUACAGUAACAGAAGCCAGCCUCCACUUUUGAGUUCAAUGGUUGUUGAGAUAUACAAACGAACGGGUGAUAUGGACCUGAUAAAAACGUCUCUUCCUGCACUGCUUAAGGAGCAUGAGUUUUGGAAUUCAGGUAUACAUAAAGUGAUCAUUCAGGAUGCUCGAGGAGUGAAUCACAGCUUAAGUCGGUACUAUGCAAUGUGGAACAAACCCCGACCGGAAUCUUCAACAAUUGACACGGGAACAGCUUCCAAACUUUCAAGUGCCUGUGAGAAAAAACACUUGUACCGCGAAAUUGCAACAACUGCUGAAUCUGGAUGGGAUUUUAGUUCAAGAUGGAUGAGGGACGGAUUCGAUCUCACAACACUAGCUACAACUUCCGUUCUCCCGGUGGAUCUUAAUGCGUUCAUUCUUAAGUUGGAACUCGAUAUAGUCUUUCUAGCAAGCAUUAUCGGAGAAAAUCACAUAGUUGAACGUUUUAACGAGGCUUCACAAGCUAGAAAAAGUGCAAUCAACUCUAUUUUCUGGGACACAGAGACGGGACAGUGGUACGAUUACUGGCUCGGCAAUAGCAAAUUUGCAUGCGAGGGUGUCUAUAAGUGGGAUAGUUUGAAUCAGAACAAAAAACCGUUUGCUUCAAACUUCGUUCCCUUAUGGAUCGAUUUGUUUAACAAAGAUAAAAUGACAGUUCAGAAGACUAUCCAAAGCCUUCAAAGCUCGGGACUGCUUCUUCCGGCUGGAAUCGCAAUGACAUUGUCGAAUACAGGACAACAAUGGGACUUUCCUAAUGGUUGGGCACCUCUUCAACAUAUAAUCGUCGAAGGCCUUACUAGGUCCGGGUCAGCGGAGGCAAGAUCAUUAGCCCAAGAUAUCGCGAGGAGGUGGAUAAGAACUAACUACGUAGUGUACAAGAAAACCGGUGCAAUGUACGAGAAGUAUGAUGUUGAGAAAUGCGGGCAGUUUGGAGGUGGCGGCGAAUAUGUAUCCCAAACUGGUUUUGGGUGGUCAAAUGGAGUCGUGUUGGCCUUCUUGGAGGAAUUUGGAUGGCCUAAAGACCUGAAGAUAGACUGUUAGUGACUGCUAAAACAAGAGCGAGUUAAUUCCGGAUUUAGUCAUCUGACUAUUACUCAUUUCCAAUUUUAGUCCUUAACUUUUAAAGCUACCAAAUUUAGUUUUUUAAGUAUUGAAUCCAAAAGUGACAAUUCCCUUGGGUUAGCUCCCAUGCCUCCCGGAUCGAACGGGAAUUAGUCGGGUGGACCCGGAUUGUAAGACGGACGGAGAAAGUCUCAGAACACCUUGUGGUUUACACUAAAAUUUGGUAGCUUUAAAAGUUAAAAGACUAAAAUUGAAAAGUGAGUGAUAAUCGGAGGAUUAAAUAUAUAAUUAACUCAACAACAGUAUAUGGUGAGAGACAACCAUGCAUCUUUCUAUGGUCACCAUGAGGUUAUUAUGUUCAUUGGUUUUGUAAGACUCUUAUCUUGUAUUUAGCUAAUAAAGGAAAUUGGGAAUAGAUCAUAUAUGUAAACUUGCUAAAUUGAAUAA